UUCCCAUUAUUUCCACGUUCGGAGUUUCCUUUUCAUUUAGUUUACUCGUUUAGUUCAAAAUGUAGUUGCCAAUUUGCUGGUUCGAUUGUUGCUAAUUAUUUGCUGCAUUUAAAGCCACGUUGGGCUGCUUUAAGUUACAGUUGUUGUUUUGCAGAAAUGGCCGAACUGGAAGAGGUGGCUGACGCCAUUCAAUGUGCUGAGGACAUCACAUCGAUGGCGUCUACUGGACUUAACAUUGCAGGAAAACUAUCCAAAUCAAGUCUAAUACAACGCGAGUGCAAAGUCACGCUCACGAACAACAGUUCUCGCUACACUCUUCAUGGACCCAGACUCUACGUCCGUGUGGGACGCUGCAUGGAACCUCUGCCGCCUCGCAUCCAACCCUCCUCGUCUGGAGAGGCUCUAUUCACCAAGCCUUCGGUCCAAACGAAAGGAUGCUUCGGGGUCUUCACAUACGACCUCCUCAACGUUUCUACCAAAGAAUGCUCCAAGAGAAUCGCUGUGCUGUACCGGGUUCCGUUUGACCGGAACAAGAAGUCAAACCAGUUCGGCGUGGGAAUCUUUGACACCAGCAAGGAGUGCGACCUCGAUCUUUUCAAUGAGAUGUCCAAAAACGAAAACGCAGCAUUCGUCAGCGGCGAAGCCAACGGUCCCAGUCUGCACCACGAGGGGGACAACGUUACCAUCACGGCCACGAUGUCCGGCUGCUCCAAAAGCAUCAUGAAGGUGGUUCUGAUCGACUGAACGCCCGUCUGGUGACUCGCCGUCUUUCAUUGGAAUCGUGUUUUGAUUAUAUCGCAUUUCGAUACAUCGUGUCGCGCGCUUACUUGUGAUAAUGAAAAGCAAACACGCAUUCAACGUUCUUGGAAAAUCAGAAUUGACAAUAAUUAUGGUUGCAAUCUGAUUUCUCUGUAUUUAUGUGCAUUCAAGUUACGUUCAUUAAUUAAAUGAGGAAAUUCUCAGUGAAUUUAUCGCAAUCGUCCUGUAUUCAUGCUCAUCUAUGAUCACAUAUUAUUUUAAAUUCGAACCGAAAUGUAGCUUUCAAUCUGAUAAUUAUCCACUUUAAUGACUUCGUCAACACGGGACAUCUGAACACAUGUAACAGAUGUGGACGACUUUUAGUCUAAUUUCUUUUAAUGUUCACUCUUUUGCCGAUUCUAGGAAUAAAACCUCCUCUAACAGUG